CAAAUUGUUAUCAAAUCAAAUUUUUUUCCGAAUCCAUGAAUUAUUCUGCUACAAGACAGGUACCUGAGCUAGUAACGUUUGAAAUAAACGAUCCAAGAUGGGGAAGGCCGAAUUCUCUUCUUCACGGAAGGUUUGCUACGGAAUACUGAUUAUAUUUUCCAUCGGUCUAAUUGUUUCAGGAUCCUUGACGCCACUUUUCAUGGAUAAGAUGUACAGAAUAAUCAUCGAUUCGAUGAUGGUCCUGGAAGAGAGUUCAUUGAUCUAUCAAGAAUGGGCGCAUCCGACAUUGCCAUCGUUCCUCUCCUACUAUCUCCUCGAUAUUCAGAAUCCCGAAGCAUUUAAGAACGGAGAAAAGCUUAUCGUCAAAGAUAAGGGGCCUUACGUUUACAAGAUUUACGUGGACAGGGACAACCUGACAUUUCAUGACAACGGAACGCUGUCAUACGUGACACGGUAUAUCUACUUCUUCGAGCCUGAGCAAUCGGUUGGCCCAGAAACAGAUCGCGUCAUCACCCCAAAUCUAGCUCUGAUAUCUUCUGUGUACGCCGCUCGGAAUGAAACGGACGAGACGAAGAGCGAGAUGAAUGCUUUUCUCAAUCUCAUCAGGGAGGAGCUUACCCUGAACCUGACCAUUGGAGAGGUGAUGUGGGGUUACAAGAAAGCCCGACUGACACCCUUCGAGCGCUACAGAGAAAAUGGCGAGUUCCUGGUUCAGGAUAACGAUGACAGAGAGGAAAGAAUGAGGCCAGGUUUUCUGUCGCCGUACAACGCGACUUUUCUCUACCAGUACAAUAUUUUUGAUGGAGUCGCUGACCAGAAACUCAUAAACACCAUAGACAACUACUGGGGCGAACCGAAAAUGGACUGGUGGUGGUCCGAAGAAGCCAACACAAUCAAGGGAACAGAUGGAACCAUGUUCCACCCCUAUGUGGAGAGGACAGAACAACUAGAUAUGUUUAACCCUGAAUACUGUAGGUCUCUAGCUUACAAUUACGAGAAGGACGUCAAUUACAAGGGUAUUCCCCUGCUCAGGUUCAAGCUUGCCACCAACACGUGGGCUAACGCCACAGACUGGCCACCCAAUGCGGGCUACUGUUCGGGCAAGCCUGAGAUGUGCGGUGUAUCGGGAAUCAUGAGGCAGGAUCCAUGUCGGGCAGGUAGUCCAACAAGUAUCUCGAACCCACAUUUCUACGAGGGGGACCCUUCACUGAUCAACGCCGUAGAGGGCCUGAAUCCUGUAAAAGAGAUUCAUGAGAACACCAUGGAUAUUGAACCAUUAAUGGGUAUGCCAUACGUGUUAAACGUCCGCCUCCAGAUUAACAUGGAAACUACACAAGAUGAUUUAUUCGAUGAGGUGAAAAACAUCCGGGAGUUUACCCUUCCCAUUGCGUGGUUUGAUCAGGGUGUCGAGGCAGACGACACGAUUGUCGACGAUUACAAUACCGGUUUCGUUAUGACCGCCAAGAUCGGUCUAGCUAUGCAGUGGAUAUCGAUUUGUGUUGGGAUAAUUAUCUUCACUCUUACCGUCUGCGAUACAGUGAGACGGUGCUCUGCCGAGAUGACAGCAUAUGAAGUGUCAGAAAAAUCCGAGAUGAAAGAACAUGAACAUGUAGAAAAUGGAGACACCGCUUCGGAUUAUCACAAGGCACCUUUAAGCUCAUCCCAUGAUCUAACCAACACCGCGUAUACUAACCCAACAUUCAGCACGCUGUCAUCAUAAUAAUUACAAAACGGACAAGUUCAAGGGAUAUGUUCCAUACGUUACCAAAGAAUAAUAAUUAAUAUGUAAUUGCAAACAUGACGAUUGUAUUCAAAAGGGUAAUGAACAAUGAUCUGAAAUUACUAAAACAAAAAAGGAAUAAAAAAAGAAAGAGAAAAUAGAAAUAGGAAUAUUGUUGACUUUGAUAAGCAGUUCUGUACAAUUUAAGUUAUUAUUUACUAAAAGAAGGUAAAUAAGAGUAGUCCCAUUGAUGUCAUAAUAAAAGUAUUCGAAAGUUAAGUAAGAAAAGAACUAAAGAAGUAAUCUUAAGAUAGCUUGAUUGUCUAUUACGUCACAUUAAUGAUCUAUUUCAUUUAUCUGUUUAUGAUUUGUAGUUACUGUCGCUUCCGUUUGGAAUAAAAAUGACAACGAGAUGGUUUGUAUAAAUGGGGACGAUUUUUAAAGUCAGUUCAAUAGAAUUUGAUAAGGGACCCCACUGGAAAUAGGCUCUCGAGCUUUCGUGUGUUAUCCUGUUCAAGCUGACUUAUUUUUGAUCUGUUAUUAUUGUAUAUUGUUGUAUGUUGGAAGCUUGUCGAAUGAAAAAAAAAGAAGAAAAAAAUCAAUGUCGCUUGCAAUUAGUAAAUUAAAUAAUACUGUGACAAUAUACACCGCAUGAGCAGUUUGAUGUAUGGAAUACUGAUUGUAUUAAUAUUAAGAUUAUUAACCCUUCUUCCUUUUGUUAACACUAAUCUUCAUUUCAUGUGCAGAACAGAUAGUCGCCUCUCUAUCUCUCUUUUGUCUGCUAUAUAUAUGUAAAACUCUAUAUAGUUAAUCAUUCAUUUAUAUCUAAUGCCUUGUUUUGAAGUAUGUUUGUAUUGUAUUUUUUACAGUGUAUGGUAAAUUAUGUUGUCUAAUUCAUUUGUGUAAUACGAAACACACGGACAUACUGAAAACGGCCUUUUGAGCUGAAAGUGCGUUUUUACCAUCUCUUAAUAAAAUCAACAAACAAACCAG